AUUGAGAACUUGGGUGCCACUCUGGACCAAUUCGAUGCAAUUGAUUUCUCUGACAAUGAGAUCCGGAAGCUGGAUGGAUUCCCUCUAUUGAGGAGGCUGAAAACUCUUCUGAUGAAUAACAAUAGGAUUUGUCGCAUUGGUGAAAACCUUGAGCAGGCUCUGCCCUGCCUGACGGAGCUCAUUCUUACCAACAACAACAUUGCUGAACUGGGUGAACUGGAUCCGUUAUCAACUAUUAAAUCACUGACGUACCUGAGCAUUUUAAGGAAUCCUGUAACAAAUAAGAAGCAUUACAGAUUAUAUGUCAUCCACAAAGUUCCCCAGGUCAGAGUGCUGGAUUUUCAGAAAGUGAGGCUCAAAGAGCGACAGGAGGCAGAGAAAAUGUUCAAGGGCAAACGGGGUGCACAGCUUGCAAAGGAUAUUGCCAGGAGAGCAAAAACCUUCACCCCAGGUGCUGGUCUGCAAAUUGACAAAAAGAAAGCUGGGCCCUCCCCAGGGGAUGUCGAGGCAAUUAAGACUGCUAUAGCAAAUGCCACGACUUUGGCUGAAGUGGAGCGGCUGAAGGGCAUGCUACAGGCUGGUCAGAUUCCUGGCAGAGAGCGAAAAUCAGGCCCGUCGGAGGACGCCGAGGAGGAAAUGGAAGAGGAUACGGUUCCCAACGGAUCUUAG